AUGGUAGAGGCUGCAGAAGAUGGGGCAGCCAGGGAAGAUGUUGAGUAUGACGAAAAUAGUACAGGAGAAUGGUCCACGCUGUACGGUGGCUUAGAUGGUACUGGUAUGGAUGAUGGGUUUGAUAGCGUCAAUGGGAUAGUUGGAAUGGAUCUCGAAAUUUGUGCAAAUCUUGCAUCUAUCAGCUAUCCUCUCCACGAAUUGACCCGCAACUCUCAUUUCCCUUCAACUAGUGUUAAAGUGAUGCGUCUCAGCGACGCGUUGUCACUCAGUACACGCUGGAAAGAGCUACUACCAACCCUGGUAGACUCCAUCCUUGUUUAUCACAACAAGUCUGUGUCAACGUUCGAUCCUUUACCCCUACAAUUCACGUGUCGUUGUUCAACUGGGGUAUGUAAUCCAAGGCAAUCAAAAUUACAGUGUUACACUUUGAGCAGUUAUCGUGAUAUUGUAGUCCCUCAUUGUGAAUGCAUAUCAUUACCUCAGGCUUUGAUUCAACAAGGAUUGUUCCCUGCAUCUCCUUCGCGUCCAUGGACGGCAUUCUCCAUUGACCUCCUUGACAUGUACCAUAGGUUGUGGCAGUGCUCCUCUGACGCGAUCACAUCCUUCUCUAGCUGCCUUGUAGCAAUAUACAAGCAUCGUGGGUUUUCAUUAUACAGUGAAAUGGGAAGCGAACAACAGGAUCCAGUCCGGCGACCAUUGGGGCAAGCCAUACAGUGGUAUGACUGCCUUGUAGGCAUGGUAGAAUGCCAGGUAUUCAGCAUCAUUGAUGCUUGUAUUUCCGAGGGCCUUAGUAGUCAUUCCCCCACCACUCGACGCUCAGAUUCUACAGCCUCUGAGUCAAUUAAUCCACAGGCAGCUAUUGUUAUGACCACUACACCGGGAUCUACCCCCUCUGAACCAUCCGAUCUGCGGGCGGCUGUCAACAACACUCCCGGCCUUUCUGAUGAAUCGGUCAAGGUCAAGGUCGAGUGCACCGCAAUGCUACAACAUCUGUGUCCUUGCUGUUUUGGUGGUCAUGACUUCGGACGUUCGUUUGACGAGUAA